AUGUUGCAACAGUCACCUCUCCAGCACGAAAACCUUCAAACCAACACGAUUCCACUGGAAGCUACUCCCACUUCAAAUACCCAAACACCUUUACACCCGCAGACACGCGAUCCGAAUUCUCAUGCAAUUACUACGUCUCCUCAGCUAACUGCUCAACGGUCUCCAUUCGUUAUGGCAUCACCCGCUGGAGCUGCAACCGCUGCAUCAGAAACUGUUGCAACGCCGUUAAGGUUUAAUAUGAAGGCACCACCUUCCGAAAAUCAAGACACUUUAACGCAAGUUACGCUUCCCAUUCAACAUUCGACCUCAAAAUACUUUCAUCCUGCUCAACCAACUUCAGCACUUAUUUCAGCUCUUCUGACUCCGGAACGAGCCGAAGAACUCCUGAGCACUUUAACCAUCGAACAACUAUCAUUAAUAGAAAAGUCCGUGCAACGUGUAAAAAGAAAAAAGAAUAAGGAGUCCAAAAGGCUCAGCAUAAACGGUAACAGUAACGCUAAUGAUCUCAAUGCCGAUUUAAAUAAUUCCGAUUUACUUGACACCCCUAAAUCAAAUGCAUCAAAAACUCCAAUUUUAAUUUCAAACUCUCCACCGUUACCUGUUAGUCUUGGUAACACUAUCUCAUCCUUUGUCACUUCACCGAAUGCUAACGAAACCAUCUCUCGUCAAUCCGCCAAUGAUAUUAACAAUCCCGCACCUAAUCAUGCGCUUCCAGCCACAGAUCCGGUCAUUGUUGUUCACGAGGGCGUUCAAUGGGUCGUUUUCACAUACUCCGUGAAAGGAAAUAACAAAGAAUAUCGCAUACGCAUUGACAUUGAUAAAAUUAAUCUUGACACUAUCGAUGAAAAAUUUAGACGUGAUAACUGUCUUUAUCCGAGAGCAAAUUGCACCGAAGAUAAAUAUAAGGGCAAUCGGUGGUCUUAUGAAAAAGAAUGUAAUGAAUUGGGGUGGAAGUUAGCAUGGCUUAAUAGAGAAGAGAUCGGAGGUAGACGGGGACUGCUACAGCGAGCAGUCGACAGUUACCGAAAUCGUGAUCCUUCAUUGCGUUCCCGGAGGGUUGCCCGAAACGAGAAGAUUCAAAAUGGAACGCUGCGCAAGCGAGUUACGAGGGACGCUGAUGAUGGCUCAGCUGAGAGCUCAGCCAAGCGACCAAGGGGUGCGGGUAGACAACUAACAAUAGAAUCAACAGUAAAAGGUGAAGUCAUUAAAAUUCGUAUACGAGCCGACAUAGAAUGUGUUAAUGUUUCAGAAAUACCUGAUGAAUAUAAAAAGAAUAACUGCAUACAUCCGAAAGCUGUAGUUGAGAAAGCUAACUACCAGGGAUCUAAUUGGGAAUUAGAAUCGAGUAGUAACGAAUUAGGUUGGAAGUUGGCAUUCCACAAUCGUCCAAAACUUGAUGGGAAAAGGACACUUCUUCAAAAAGCGAUAGAAAUAUAUCGCGAAAAGUACAACAGAGCAAUACGGCCCCGUAGAGGAAGAUAUUCACAUACUCUCUCUGCCAAAUUCUUUGAGAACCAUCCGUGUGAAGUUGGUUCAGGUCAUGACCACGCGUCAUCGUCGUCUUCAUUAUCGGAGAAUAAAUCAAUGACUCCGGAUAAUUUUGCAUUGAAUUCGCCAACACUAUCCAAUCCAGAACCCGGAACUGUGUUGGGAGAUACUUGA